AUAAACAAAAAUAUAGCUUACCAUUUCAACGUUUUCUUUUGAACUCCGCGAUUCUGGUUCUCACAAAAACAAACUCAAAGAUCUAGUCGUAGUAGGGACCAGUAGCACACACAACGUUUUUCCGCCGAUGGCGAUCCUCUACGCUUUGGUAGCAAGAGGCACAGUUGUAUUGGCGGAGUUCAGUGCCGUCACCGGCAACACCGGUGCCGUCGCUCGCCGUUUACUCGAGAAGCUUCCAACCGAAUCAGAGUCUAGACUUUGCUUCUCUCAAGAUAGAUACAUCUUUCACAUACUCCGAUCUGAUAGUCUCACUUUCCUUUGUAUGGCUAAUGACACCUUUGGAAGGAGAAUCCCUUUCUCAUACUUGGAAGAUAUCCAAAUGAGGUUUAUGAAGAACUACAGCAAAGUUGCCAAUUAUGCACCGGCUUACGCAAUGAAUGAUGAGUUCUCAAGGGUUUUGCAUCAGCAAAUGGAGUUUUUUUCUAGUAAUCCCAGUGUUGAUACCCUCAAUCGGGUGAGGGGUGAAGUUGGCGAGAUACGCACUAUCAUGGUGGAUAAUAUUGAGAAAGUAUUGGAGAGAGGUGACCGGAUUGAACUUCUAGUUGAUAAGACGGCAACAAUGCAAGACAGUUCAUUUCACUUUAGGAAACAGUCGAAGCGCCUUCGAAGAGCUCUUUGGAUGAAAAAUUUCAAACUCUUGGCGUUAUUGACGUGCUUGAUUGUUCUUCUCCUUUACUUUUUAAUCGCUGCUUGCUGUGGUGGCAUUACUCUACCGUCCUGCAGAUCUUAAUUGUCACUCCUGCUGGUUAUAUUUUCUGACCUCUGCAAUGAUCAAGAAUAUUCUAGUCAAGAUCUACAUUGGCACUUCAGUAUUUUAGAUUCAAAAUUAUGUGCUGAGUGAGAAAAUUUGAUACAGGGUCCAGAAUCAGUUACGUAUAUUUUCUCGAUUUUGCUGUUCUUGGUUAUGUAAUAUAAUAUUACAUGCGAAAGCCUGGUAAGGUACUAUUUUGUGAUUAUAGGGCACACUCUGUAAAUGUGGAUUUUUACUAGGUUUAAAUAAUUUUUUCUUUAUAAAUUAUUGCAUUUUUCUUGUACACAUUAUUUCCAUUUUAAUGCUUAUGUAUGUUGGUGAUAUUGAAAUUUAGGAUGAAGCAGCUGUAUUCCUGUAUUUUAAUGGUUAGUCUCAAUUUCACAUA